UCAGGGGCAUCCGGCGCUGCCCCUCCGCCGCCGCCCCCUGCCAUGGUCCCCCGCCCGUCGCCCUGGAAGCAGGAGGAGCUGGGGCGGCGGCCGCCAUUGCCUGAGGGGGCUGCGAGGCGGCGAUGAGAGGAUGGACGCGGACGAGGUGACCAUCCGCGAGCAGAACUUCCACAGCCAAGUGCGGGAGUACACGAUCUGUUUUCUUCUGUUUGCUAUUCUGUAUAUUGUAUCCUACUUCAUUAUCAGAAGAUACAAGAGGAAAGGAGAUGAGCAAGAGGAUGAAGAUGCUAUUGUCAAUAGAAUUUCGCUAUUCUUGAGUACAUUUACUCUUGCAGUUUCAGCUGGUGCUGUCCUUCUUCUACCUUUCUCAAUAAUCAGCAAUGAAAUCCUGCUCUCUUUUCCACAUAGCUACUAUAUUCAGUGGUUAAAUGGAUCUCUAAUUCAUGGCUUAUGGAAUCUUGUUUCUCUCUUUUCCAACCUUUGUUUGUUUGUACUGAUGCCCUUUGCUUUCUUCUUUCUGGAGUCGGAAGGCUUUGCUGGUUUAAAAAAGGGGAUCAAAGCACGCAUUUUGGAAACCCUUGUUAUGCUCAUUCUUCUUGCACUACUUAUCCUUGGAAUCGUUUGGGUGGCUUCAGCUCUCAUAGACAAUGAUGCUGCGAGUAUGGAGUCUUUGUAUGAUCUUUGGGAAUUCUACCUCCCUUAUUUAUAUUCCUGUAUAUCACUGAUGGGAUGUUUAUUACUUCUACUAUGCACACCAGUGGGACUUUCACGAAUGUUUACAGUGAUGGGUCAGUUGCUUGUAAAGCCAACGAUCCUUGAAGACUUGGAUGAACAGAUAUAUAUCAUCACUUUAGAAGAAGAAGCUAUCAUGAGGAGGCUAAAUGGGAUGUCUUCACCAGUGGAGUACAACACAAAGCAGCUGAAGCAGGAACUAAGUAAUGUGAAGAGUAUGAAGACAAAAUUGGAACGACGGAAAAAGGCUUCAGCUUGGGAGAGGAAUCUUGUGUAUCCAGCUGUAAUGAUCCUGCUGCUAAUUGAAACUGCAAUCUCUGUCCUCUUGGUUGCUUGCAAUAUUCUUUGCCUGCUGGUUGAUGAAACUGCAAUGCCAAAGGGGUCAAGGGGGCCUGGCAUAGGAAAUGCCUCUCUGUCCACAUUUGGUUUUGUGGGAGCAGCACUCGAGAUCAUUCUGAUUUUCUAUCUAAUGGUCUCUUCGGUUGUUGGCUUCUAUAGCUUACGCUUUUUUGGAGAUUUCACUCCCAGAAAGGAUGACACAACGAUGACAAAGAUAAUUGGGAACUGCGUUUCAAUCUUAGUCCUCAGUUCAGCUUUGCCAGUUAUGUCAAGGACACUGGGUAUUACCAGGUUUGAUCUCCUUGGAGACUUUGGAAGGUUUAACUGGUUAGGAAAUUUCUACAUCGUGCUAUCCUACAAUAUCCUCUUUGCCAUUGUGACAACCCUGUGUCUGGUUAGAAAGUUCACCUCUGCAGUUAGAGAGGAGCUUCUCAAAGCAUUAGGUUUAGACAAGCUUCACCUCUCACACAAUGCAAGAGACUCUGAGGCUGCAAAGCCAUCUGUAAAUGGGCACCAGAAAACACUGUGAAAAGCAGGUGGUGGAACCGAGCCCUUUUGACUUCAUGACAUUCCUGUCACUUCAUAGCACUUGUUUUUGUAUUGCUUUUUCUUGUUUGUAUAUUGGGUCCAAGUUGAUAAAAAAAUUGCACCCAAGAAAGCUGGGUGUAUCAGACUGUACUCUCUUCUUGCCCAGAUUGAUCCAUGUUAAAUUACCAUGUCAGCUGGUGCAGAAUUGUGUCUUGAAACCUGGAAGCGGAAAAGAAAACUGCAUUCCUCUUUGGACACACCUCCAUAUUCAUCUAUCAACAUAUUAGGCCAAGAAUCUCCCGAGCAUAAACCUUUUGCUGAAGAAUUAGGCUGGGUGUCUGAGAUGAGCCUUGCUAGUUGAAAAUGGCAAAUCCUUUACUAGAGUUGCUGCUUUUUCAGUAAAAUUUCAUUACGAAAACUGACAACUUAAAGAGAGUAUGGUAAGAUCCAGGAUCAGUACAUUCAUUGCCCGUCUGAUGAGUUUCCACCGUCAUUGUGUCUUAAGAUACCAGCCGUUCCUGGUUCUAAAUGACAAAGUGGCCUACAGUUAUCACUAAAGGUAACGUCUACUGACACUCAUGGAUUACACAAUAAUGUAACCCUAGGUUGCAGUACUAAAUUGUAAUUUCACAGACAUCUGAUUGUGAUGUACAUAAUCAUGCAUUUUAGGGCAAUCACACAACUCCAUUAAAUGCACAGAGAAUUCUGUUGAUUUCCUUCUGUGUAAUGUGUCGCCUUAUAUGCAUAAGCAAUGAGAAAAGGAUACAAUAGCACACAACUUCCACAAGUGUUAAAACAAUUAUCCCACUCUAGGUGCCCUGGGUUAAGUGUGCAGUGCAUUCUAGUUCAUUAGAAUAGACCAUUUUUUCAUUAUUUCCUUUGUUGAUCUAUCUUUUUAAAAAACAUGGAGUAAUCAGGUAGCAGAUUAUCAACUCCAGUUUUUUAAAUAUGAAAAUAUAGUUUCUAAUUAAGGCAUGCAAUUUUCAUUGAUAUUGUUACACUUUAGCAAAUCUUGUAACACAUGAAUCUGAAGGAAGUUAGUAUACAUACUGUGAGUAGAGGUAGGUAGAUUGUAAAGGCUAGCAUGAUAUUGUAUGAAACUUUGCUGAAGGUUUGUAGUUCUUGGAUGAUGAAGUGACACUGGCCAUUCAUAGAUGAGCACAUUUUAUAAGUUUGAUCCCAUAAGGUUAACUGGAUCUUCACAACUUUAAUGUUUUACCUCACUUUGAAAAUAUCAGUAUUAUAUUACUCUCAGUAAAUCCAAAACUGGGUUUUGAUGUGUUGUACAAUGUUGAAAUAAUUCUGCAAAUUAUCCUGCUUUUUAAGAAAGAUCAGAAUGUUACUAGAUUCAUUGGGGCUCACAAGCAUUUUCCGCACUGUUUUGACAUCAGUGUAGAGUUCCUGCACAUUAGACACUAUUUUAAGUUUCAUAUGAUUUCUUAUGAAAAUUAAUCUUGCAUUAAAUUUUGGAAGGUAGCAUUUAUAGUAAAUACAUUGUAGAUUUUUUUUCUAAUAUUGUCAGUGGAAAUGACAAGUAGAGCAGAUGCAGGACAGAACUUAUUUUCAUAAAACUAUUUCUGGGAACUGGAAUAAAUUGUAAAUUGUGGGCUUUUUGCCACAGUGGAAAAUGUAGAGAAAUCGACUCACUCAGUGACAUUGUUAGGGUAAUCAGAUUAAGCCAAGAUAUGCACAAGUGCUGUGCACCACAUACAGCACCCUUCACAUAAGUGGGGAAAGAAGCCAGGAAGCUGUAGUUAUGAAUUAACUAUAACUUCACAUCACAUGCAAAUGGGAAAGUUAAUGGCUUCUGAACAAACCAGCCAACUUGUGGAUAAGCUUAUUUGGAAGCUGUUAAGCAAGGGAAGUUGCAAUGAACUUUUGCUUUCUGACUUGUUUUUCCAUUCACAUGAAGGGAACGGCAAAGCAAGAGCAAAAGGGAGAGUUGAGAGCAGUGUGUUUGUGCCUAGCCCAGCUUAUUAAACAAGCAUUUGAUUGUCUGAACCAAGCCCAAGAGUUUAGAUGUUGAUACCUUGUAUCUCAAUUUGAAAUGGUAGUAAUUGGUUUUAGGAUUUUUAGUGUGCUUGGCACCUCCACUCAACACCACAUUGAAACAUACUCAUGUGCAUGUCAUAAUAGUAAUAUGCCUACAGAAAAAAGUGGAUUCUGUAAAGGUACAUCAACAGUAUGCUUAUUUCCAUAGCUACAGCAGUCAACAUACAGAUGGAUCCAACUGAAUUUGAAAGUAUUUGUGAUUCUGUGGCUAUCAUGCUUUGAACAAAGUUCAUACCAAAUUAAUUGAGAAUUUUAAUCCAUGUUCUUCAUAGGUAGAGAGUUGACUUAGACAAAUUUGCAAAUUAAACAUCAAAGACAAUACAUGCAGAUGGCAUGAGGAAUCUUCCGUAAGUACCUUAAUAAACCUGGGUUAGUUCACCUGUAAGCGCUCUACUGUACAGCCCCAUUCAAAUCAGGAGUUGUGCAAGAGGAAAUGCUGCCCUGAAAAUUUUGCCUUUGGUUAUCCUGGGGUGGUUAGCGUUAAUGGUAACAUGGUAUGAAAUCUGCCCCCAUCCCCAAAAGUCAUUUGAUUAGUGAAGGCUCCAUCUCAAUUCUUGUAAAUUCCUAGGAUCAGGUGUGCAACUUAUCCUAUGUAUUGGUGUGCAUCUCGAUCGGGGGUGAGGUGCUUUCUUCCCUCUCAAGGGCGACAUUUGGGACAAUAUUUGUGGUGCUAAAUAGGCUAGUGAUGGGUAGGACCUCUUCCUCCCCUUCCAUUCCCUGCCCCUUCCCAGCCACUUGCAUGAAAUUAGGCCAAAUACUAAAUUGCCCCAUGUAAAGUUUUAAUGCCUUUGGCAGGAAAAUAGGAGGGACCUAUCUAGUAAUGUGACCAAUGCCAUGGCAGCAAAUCAUUGUUUCCUGCUGCUACAAGAAUAAUACAGGCCAUCUCACCCUGUGAAAUUGAAGUAUAACCUGGCUAUUGCUGCCUCCCACUUCCAAACUUACACAAAAAUUCACAAUGCACCACUCUGGAGAUGCAUGUGAAAUAAGAGUCAAUAGAAGGGGGACAGAUUCAGUACCCCCCCCAUUAUAAAUAUAUGUGAUGGUCUCCUGUUCCUUGACUUUGUCCAUGUGAAAUUGUUAAAAUUGUCAUUUUAUCCCUCAGUUCAAAUUAUUUUACAGAUGAAGUUCUACUUUCAAACAUAGUGAUAAAAAUUACACAUAAAUACUUAGUUAUAAAGGCUUAAAUGUGUUUAAGUAGAUGGUAUUAGUAAUUCUUUGAUGGAUACUAGUAAUGUAUUCCUAGUGGUUUGACUCGUGUAGUCAAGUGUUUUGUACCUUUUUUAAGGUACAAAAACCUCUACUUCAGUCAUAAACCAUCUGCCUCGUUAUGAGGCUAAAGCACAAUUAUGCUUUUCUUGUAUGAGCUAGAUGUAUAUCAAAUCAGACCAAAAAUGUAUGCAAGUUAAGUGUCUUAAGUGCGCCAUUGUUUGGCUUUCUCCUCCACUGGUACACUGUGUUAACACAGCGUGACAGAAUUGUUGUUGCAAAGUCUGAGCACAUCUUUACUAUUUAGCCUUUUAAGCUAAUGUCAAACAGACAUAGAGGGGUUAUUUAGAAGUUGGAUUCACUAGGACACUUUGUUUACAGAUUGUAAUGUGACGUUUACCUUCACCUCUUUCUCCAAUCUCUUUUACACAGUUGCCUGUUUUACAGUAUCAAUUAAAGGAUUUGACAAUAUGUUCUUCUAC